UGAAAAUUGUGAUCCGCGGGGACAGGAACACUGGGAAAACCACACUCUGGCACCGACUGCAGGGAAAGAAAUUUAUUGAGGAAUAUAUUCCAACUCAGGAGAUCCAAGUCACCAGCAUCCACUGGAAUUAUAAAACCACUGACGAUAUUGUGAAAGUUGAAGUCUGGGAUGUAGUUGACAAAGGAAAAUGCAAAAAACGAGGAGAUGGCUUGAAACUAGAAAAUGACCCUCAGGAGGCAGAGUCAGAAAUGGCUCUGGAUGCAGAGUUCCUGGAUGUCUAUAAAAACUGCAAUGGCGUAGUGAUGAUGUUUGACAUCACCAAGCAGUGGACGUUUAACUAUAUUCUGAGGGAGCUUCCAAAAGUGCCGACCCACGUUCCAGUGUGUGUGCUUGGGAAUUACCGAGACAUGGGCGAGCACCGGGUCAUUCUGCCUGGCGAUGUGCGGGACCUCAUCGACAACCUAAACAGGCCUCCCGGCUCCUCGUAUUUUCGCUAUGCUGAGUCUUCCAUGAAGAACAGCUUUGGCCUCAAGUACCUGCACAAAUUCUUCAACAUCCCCUUCUUGCAGCUGCAGAGGGAGACGUUGCUACGGCAGCUGGAGACGAAUCAGCUGGAUAUUGAUGCGACUUUGGAGGAGCUGUCAGUGCAGCAAGAGACAGAAGAUCAAAACUACGAACUCUUCCUUGAAAUGAUGGAAGCCCGAAGUCGAGGACACACGUCGCCACUAACAACUAACGGGCAAAGCCCUUCCUCUGGCUCCCAGUCACCCGUAGUACCUCCAAGCUCCACAUCGACGGGCAGCUCCAGCCCUGGCACCCCACAGCCGCCGCAGCCUCUUUCUACAAGCUCCACCAUCUCUCCUGAACCCCCCCCAUCUUUUUCACCAGUGCCUGCACCCGAAGCCCACCAGCCUCCGCCAGCUACAGCCUCCCCAGCACCUCCGGCUGCAGUCCCGCCACCGAGGCGCAGCAUUAUUUCACGUCUGUUUGGGACGUCUCCUGCGUCAGACCCCUCUCCUCCCCAGCCAGAUGCUGCUGCUGCCACUCCUCCUCCCCACCCUGAGGCCCCUGCAAAAGUACAGAGCGUGGAGGACUUUGUUCCUGAUGACAGCCUGGACCACAGCUUUCUAGAGGACCCAGCCCCGCAGAAGGACAAAGGGAAACCGCAGACUAAACACCGUGUCGAUAGUGAAAGUGGUGUGGAUGGUGGGAUCGAGUGCACCCUCAGCAGAUUUGCAGGUGACACUCAGCUGAGUGGUGCAAUUGACACCUUGAUUGAUCCUCCUGAGGGACAGGAUACCAUCCAGAGGGACCUGGGCAAGCUGGGGAAGUGA